UUAAACUCGUGCGUGUAAGUGGGAAAUACGUUUUGCCCCAGCUCUUCCGUGGUUGCACAUCACGGGAGAUCGCUCCCUUGUGUUGCUCGGGACUGAUAAAGGAUGCUCACUUUCUAAAACUCCAAAACAAGUCUUAAGAGACUUUCUUUGCUGGCAUUUUAGGUAUCAAUCUCAAAUGCAAGGUCAGGCAGAGGGCUGGAGCCAGCACCAAAUUAGCAAGAGUUUUGGCUAUUGUCAAGUUCAUAAUAACAUUAAAAUUUUGAGUCCUUGGAGAGUUACAGGAGAAGCUUAAAUUUGCGGGGGAAGCUUAAGCAUGUAAGUGGGAAAUACAGUGUGUCCCAGCUCUUCUCCGGUUGCACAUCGGUGGACACCGUCGCCCCGCGUUGCUCAGGGCCGAUCAAGGAUGCUCGCGUUCUAAAACUCCCAACCCUUACAGGCUUUAUUUGCCGGCGUGUUCGGCAUCACCGCCCAAGCUUUGCGGUCCCUUCCAUCCCAAACGACUCCACGACUCUCCGAAUCGCUUUUGCUGAGGACGCGGGGGCGACGCGGCCCCAAUAUCGCCCGGAACGCGAGGCCCGGGCCGCGGUUGUCCCCGCGAUUGGCGUCCCCCGCGGCGGGCGGUGCCGGGCGAUGGUCGGGGCGCGCGCCGAGCGGGAGCGGCAGGAGCGGCUGCGGGAGGCGGCGGCGCGGGGCGACGCGGAGGAGGUGCGGCGGCUGGCGGAGCGCGGCGUCAGCGUCAACGCCCGCAACGACGUCAACGGAUGGACUUGUUUGCACUGGGCGUGUAAGCGGAACCAUGCGCCCGUGGUGGCUUACCUGCUGCGCGCUGGCGCUGACAAGGACAUCCUCACGAAGAAGGGAGAAAGCCCGGCCCAGUUAACGUCAAAGAGAGAGAUAAGGAGGAUGUUGGGAGUGGAAGAUGAUGAACUCCCGGAGUUAAAGACAGAUUCGGAUCUGCCAAUCAUCCCCAACUACCUGGCUAACCCGCCUUUCCCUUAUAUCUAUGACACCGCGAGUGACAGUAUUCCAGACCCUCCCCUGAACGGGAGCAUCCCACACUUGGAGCCCCAAGAUCCUGACUCUUCAUCCAGACCUGAGGUGGAGCCUUACGCCCGUGCGCUGUUUCAGCAUGGCAGCGCGUCUCCGGAGGCGGGGGGCCCGCUGUCCCAGCCCCGAGGGGGCACGGCCGCCCCGCGCUCCCAGCCUGCGCUUCCCAGAGCUCCGCUGUACCGGGGCUCUGUGUCGUGGAGCACCAGUCCCCCUUUGCCAGCUGGAUCCAAUCCGGACGGACCUCAGCUGGAGAACGGCUCCCAUGUGGGGCCUGUGCCAGCGUUUCAGCCGGUUUUCUUCACUGGAGCUUUCCCGCUUAACAUGCAAGAACUGGUGCUUAAAGUUAGAAUACAAAACCCUAAUCUGAGAGAAAAUGACUUCAUUGAAAUCGAGCUGGACAGACAGGAGCUGACCUACAAGGAGCUGCUCCGGGUGAGCUGCCAGGAGCUGGGUGUGAAUCCUGAGCACAUCCAGAAGAUCAGAAAAUUACCAAACACAGUGCUAAGAAAGGACAAAGAUGUUGCAAGGCUGCAAGAUUUCCAAGAACUGGAGCUUGUUCUAUCAGUAAGUGACAAAAACUCACUCUUCAGAGUCCCAGCACUUUCCGAACAGAGCGGUUAUAACAAGAAGGCAUCAGAACUGACAUACUAAUUGUUCUUCUUUAAAAUUACAUUUGAAAUGCGGUAUCUACAAGGGCUAAGGAUGGUAAAACAAUCUAUUUUGUUAACCUUGAGAUAAACUAAAGCUGUUAUGCACAGUUAGAGCCUCUGGUUAAUCGAAGAGUAAUGAGUCCGAUAUGGAAGUGGCUUAAUGCGAAGGAAUUAUUGGUAGAACGGUUCAUGCCACGCUUCUCCUUUCGAAAAUCAUGAAAUACUGUAGAGUCAUCAGCUCUCAGGGAAACACUUAACUUACCUUAAAACUGUUGCAAUCGUUUGUUUGCUGUAACAUAGCAGAGGUACUCAAGCUAAAAAACCUGCCUCGAAACCCAGUUAAUAUUUGUACCAAGUUCUGUACCAUUAACGCUUACUUUUUUAGAUCAUGUAUUUUAAGUCAUGUGUUAUGUAAAAGGAAAAAAAACCCAGAAGGGUUUAAAUCUGUGUAAGAAGCACAAAAAUGUCUACUUUAAAUACUACCAAGUGACUUAUUCCCUGUGAUUUCUUAAUCCUCGUUUACACUUUUCCCUACUUCUCAGGUUGAAAACGAAGUGAUAGUACUGAUCCAAAUCAUAAACAUGCUCUCAACCAAAAUCCCUUUGAUUGUCGUCUGUUGCUACUGUGUACUGAUGUGUGCAAUCUAAAAUACUAUUUUUGUUACUGUAUUGAUAACAGAUUGCUCCAAUGCUGCUUUAAUUUCCCAUUUUAAAGCACAAAAAAUGUAAUUUUAAUUUUCUUUUACCUCUACAUUCCCAGGAAAAAUCGCAUCCUGAAACUUCAUAGUUGCCUGUGUAGAAAGAAACCAGUGAAAUGCCCGGGGUUUUCUGGGCCGAUAUUAAAUUGGGAGGUUCCUAUGCAAUGUAUUUGCUUGGGUUUUUUCGCCAUGACCUGUGUUUACUCGUGUUGCUUCCUGAAAAAAUAGAUUUUUCUGUUCCUGUUACUUAAAACUCAGAAUUAAGUCUACUUUGCUAUGAAAUA